AUGGCUUCCGCCGUAAGGAUCCGCUAUGUUUACGAAACGUCGUUUUUUGACGGACGCAACGCCGAUUGGACGUCCCAGCAGCCGGAGGAGGACACUAAUCCAUCGGAACAAGUUGAUUCUGCAAUAAAUCAUCCGAUCGUGCGGAAGAUCCAGCAGGCCGUCAUCAGAGCCAGGAAAGCGGUGGUGGCUUCUUCUUCUUCGUCCAGCAGCAAUCCAAAUAUUGACAUGACUGCUGGCCACUCGUCGCUGAUGGAGGAAAGAGAACAGCAGCGAUCGCCCAGCAUUUCCAGCUUGCAGACCAGCAGCAUGUGCAGUUCGGAAGAAGCCGAUCUGGACGGCCGGAUUCUCCUCAAUCGCUCCCGAUCCCUCCAGCAAACGCAUCAUCUUUUUCAUCAUUCGGUUGAUUCGCAUCAUCAUCAUCACCGCGGAUUCUCGCUCCACCUGUCGCCAAAACAAAGGACCAAAAUUAGCGAGGCCGUCCUGUCGCCCAUCUCCGACAAAUCGGAAAACGAAACAUGUCAAAUGCUCACGACAUCAACAACAACAACGCCGACAACAACCACACAAGUUCCUGCAACCACGUCGGCAGUUGCGUCGUCGUUCGAGUUCAAUUCGGUUCUCAGCCAUCGACGACGCCCACCUCAAUCACUUUUCCCGAGCAUCAUCAGCAGUCGGCCCGUCGGCGGAAGUGCCGGCGGCGGUUUCAACAGCUCCGACAGCGGGAUCUCAAUCUCGGCCAACUCUUUGGUAACCAACGACUCUCACGAAGCUCUGCAACCGCUCCACAAGCCGCCGCUCCACCUCUCGCUCGACAAUAGUCACGAAUUUCUUUCUUCAACUUCGUCCGAUCCGCCGGAAGAGAGUCUUCCGUUUCUCAUGCCUAAAUUACGUCGUGGAACCAACGACAUCCAGAACGGCAGCAGCGUGUUGAAGCCGCAAUUCACGGGCGGUACGGGCGGCGGCGGCGGCCAGCGUCAGCUUUCACUCACGCUGCCUUUCCCUCCGCUGCAGAGCCUUGCGUUCGUUGCGCCUGCCGUCGGCUUCAAGGACUUGGUCGACGACACCAUUCCCCUCAACAUUCAAAGUUGGUAUCACGGUUCCAUCACGAGACGAGAUGCUGAAAAACGGCUAAGACCUGCGCCGGCGGGUUCGUUUCUUGUCCGCGACUCGAUGGCCAGUCAUGACGACUACUUUCUAGCUGCCAGAGGUGAAAAUGGUUUCCUACACGUCCGUAUCUGCUGUCACAACUUGAGGCCUGGUGAAGAAGAAGAAGAAAACGAUCCCGUUUCAACUGGUCAAAAUUUCACGCUGGCCACACUGCCGGAUCGUCGUUUCGACUCGGUGGCAGCGACCGUCAAUCAUUGUGCCAAUAUCGGUGUCUACUCCAGGCACCUUCCGCCCGUCAUUCUCAAAUAUCCUUUGACCGAAGAGUCCGUUUAGAUGAGUGCUAUAUUUUUUAUUGAUAUUCAUCAUUAGACGACAACACAAAACACACACACACACACGGAAUGACAGGGCCCCCUAAAAGUAAACUGAUGGGAAAAGAAAUAGUUUUUAAAAACGACAUAACGUAAUUCGUAACAUAUCAAAAACACGGAGAAUGUAUUAUUAGGGUGUGUCUGCGGUAUAUACCUGUUGUGUUGGUUUCCCCCUCGUCAAUUUUCCCUUUAUUUUUUACGGGUCACACACAUUUUUUUUCGAACGUGAACCUAUUCGAUGUAAACCACUUUUAUUUUUAUCGGUUGUUUUGUUUGGAGGAGAGAACCAGUAAAUAAAAAUU